CUACAGAUAUAUAAUCAUGUAUACAAAAACUGUCAUGCGCACUAAUAAUAACAAAUGAAACAUGAUCAAAACACUGCAGUCCUUUUGUAGAAAUUAUAUUAUCAAAAUAAUAUAAUGCUUUAAAUAUUUGUUCAUUGGUGGUCCUUAUUAAAGAGUGGUUGCAUAAUUAUUUAAUUACGCAUGGAAAAGAAAUGCAUCAGUUCUUAUAAUGAUUAACUUCUUGUAUGCUAACUUAGAAUUUUAAUCUUGAAUAUUACACCACAGAUUUUAUGCCUUUGGAUGAAUUUCAUCCAUUCAUUGAGGCUUUGCUGCCUCAUGUGAAAUCUUUCUCCUACACUUGGUUCAAUCUUCAAGCUGUGAAGAGAAAGUAUUUCAAGAAGCAUGACAAGCGAAUGAAUAUAGAGGAAGAAAAGUUGUGUCGUGAAGAGUUGCAAAAUGAGAGAGUAGAAAUAAAACAAAAGUGGGCCUCUCGUCUUCUGGGCAAAUUGAGAAAGGAUAUAACGCAAGAAUGCCGGGAAGGUUUUGUGCUUGGAAUCACUGGCAAGAAGGCUUCCGGCUGUGUGCUUAGUAAUCCUGAUCAAAAAGGCAAGAUGAGAAGAAUUGAUUGCCUUAGACAAGCAGAUAAGGUUUGGCGUCUUGAUCUGGUAAUGGUUAUACUUUUCAAGGCCAUUCCACUCGAAAGCACUGAUGGCGAGCGAUUAGAAAAAUCUCACGAGUGCCUCCAUCCCGCUCUUUGUGUCAACCCUUACCAUAUUAAUGUUUCCGUCCGGGAACUAGAUUUGUAUCUAGCGAACUUCAUUCUCUCACAAGAAGCUUUAAGCGGGUUGAGAGAUGAUAUUGUGGAUCAAAAGCUCGAAGAUUCAGAUAGUACAACUAUCAUCACAACUGGUGUAUUCACCUCUACUGAACUUUAUAAAUUAUCUAAAGGUUCCAUCAUGCCAACUUCUAAUGGGGUUCACCAAACCCAAGAGAAUGAAGUAGAAUCGGUAAAUGGUGAUUCUACAAUUCGUCAUGUUAUUAGAGUUUGUUCACCUUUCUAUUACACAACAGAUGGGAAUCAAGCUGAACUUAUUGGCAUACCUAGAGUUGUGGGCUCUGCUGAAAACAACCGAUCUUCUACCCCAGAUCUAUAUAAUCCAUCUAGUCCCCCUUGUGAACCAAUCAGUAAACGAGCACGACGUCUGUCGACCAAUGAAGAUGAACCAAAGUCUGUCACUCCUGAUGGAGCCUACUAUGUCAAUAGUCCUUCUAGCUUAAACAGUCCAACUUCUUGGAGUGGUGAUGUUGAUCAUGUGAGGAAUACUGUAGUCUUGCCUGGUGCUUUAGCAACUCGUGCUGGAGUCAUAAAGACUGAAGGAUCUAGCAGUUUUGUGCCUGUGAAUGCUUCGCCUUUAUCUCCUCCUCCAGUAGAGGUUAUUUUCAGCACUUCGCCUGAGAUUUCACCUUCCUCACAAACAGUAGCCUCUCCGGGGAAUAAAGACGGGCUAAGUCAGACAUCUAGUUUGGUUCCACCAACUACCACAUUAGUUGUGCCUUUGUCAACCUCAGGUCCAUAUUAUCUGGUGACACAGGGGAAAUACCAAGAGAAUGGUGACACUUUGUCAGAUUUUGUCAAUCUUGUUUGUCAAGAAGCCCGUAACACAAAUUCAAGUCCACAAUCCUCUGAAUCUGAUGCCAGAAGUCCACCUAAAAUUUCACAUUUUUAUACAAGUUCAAUGUUGCCACCUCCUCCCCCUGCACCUGUUGCACGCCCUGUGGCCAUUAUAAGAUCAUCAGGUCUAGAGACUGUGUCUUCAUCAUCUCCUCCCACUUCUCCCCUAUCUCCUAAGUCAGAACCUAUGCAAGAAGAUGAGUCUCACAUUCAUUCUAUUCAGGAUGAAGAUCCAAGAUGUCUGCAGGAAGAUGAUCCUCAAUGCCCGCCACUUACAGAUGACGAUUCACACUGUAAUCCAUUGGCUGACGAGGAUCAGCGAUGCCAUCCGAUGCGAGGAGAUGAUGAUCCUCGAUGUAACAGUCCAGGAACGGAUGACAUUUCAGAUCAUCCUUUGUCACCUCCAAGCUCUUCGUCGGGACCAACUGUAAGCAAUGCAGAUACUCCACCUCUAAGUCGGUCAAUUCUGAACAGCCCAUUUACUGCUCUAGUCAGAUCAGAACAUACUUUUGCCCAUAUACACCCACAAGCGCAAUUAUUUUCGUAUCCAAAUAUUAGUCCUUUAAGUGGUGUGAUUAGUCCAACAAGCCUGUCUAUGUUCACCUCUCCAGUCACUACGCCACGNAGAAGCCUACCCAUUGCUUGUAAAGCGAAACGCUUUUUUCCGGUUGUACAUUCAAAUGAGGCUGUGGAUGCUAGCAGUCAAACUGGAACGGCAUCCCCCAUUCCCAUGAAGUCUGAUGCAUCAUCAUCAUCAUCAUAA